CCAUCGUCGUCCACUCCUAGCGACAAGAGCUGCGUUGCUCUGCCGCAUCCCGCGAUUGACCUCCUCUUGGCCAACUCCGGGCUGCCUACCGCCAGCAUGCGGUUCCUCAAAGCUUCAUCCUCCCUUCUCGCCUUCGUGGCGCUCUCCUCUCUCGCAACCACUGCGCUCGCCAAACCCUAUCCCGCACACAUUCCAGAGCUCGCCAGACUGCACAAUGUCACCGAACAACGACUCGAGCUGCGAGACUGCGCGAAUCCAUGCGGCUACUACGGCCAGCUCUGCUGUGCCUCCGGCGAGUCCUGCUACACGGAUGCCAGCAACCAGGCACAAUGCGGUGCCGCAGCCGUGACUGCCGCUGCAACGACGGGUGGCCAAUGGAUGUACUACACCUCGACGUGGGUUGAGACUGGCUUGGUCACUCACACCUCAGUCUACAGCUCUUACGUCGGAGCGACUGCGGCGGCCACACCCACAGGAACCUGCACCGGUGCUCAGUCCCCCUGCGGUGGCAUCUGCUGCGAUAGCGGAUACUACUGUUUGACUUCCGGACAGUGUGCCUUGGUCGGGGCUGGGAGCUCAGGAGGCGUCUCUGGUACACUCACCCCGUCUGCCCCAUUACGCCCAACAAGCUCUGGUCUGAUCAUCGUCACAGCCACCGGCACCCCGACGACCACUGUUCCAUUCUCAUCUCCCAUUGCGACUGGAGCAAAUGGAACCAUGACUCCAGUAGCAUCUGGGGGAGGCGGUGGAUUGAGUGGCGGAGCUAUUGCUGGCAUCGUCAUUGGCGUGUUGUUUGGUAUUCUGCUGCUCCUUCUACUCUGUCUCUUCUGCUGCGCCAGAGCUCUCUUCGACACUUGUCUUGCCUGUUUCGGUCUCGGCAACAGGAACCGAAAGCACACUCAUGAGGAGACUUAUAUCGAGGAGCACCGCCACAGCAGCGCGGCCGGUGCUGGUGGACGUCGCUGGUACGGAGACCGUCCCGGCCGCCCCAGGCCGCCAAAGAAGGCCGGUGGUGGCUUCGGAAACGCCUUGGGCAUCGGUGCUCUCCUUGGAGGCGCGGCCAUUGCUCUUGGGUUGAAGAGGCGACACGACAAGCACAAAGAGGAGAAGAGCGAAUACACCGGAUCAAGCUACUACACCGAUUACACUAGCACAAGUGAGUAUUUCCUCUCCCUGAGUACGAAAUAAAACAAGCACUAACAAACAUCUAGGUAGUGCAAGUUCAGAUGAUCGACGGACACGGAACACACGCCAUUCGUCACGGCGCGGUUGAUUGAUGCUUUCUUACCUGUACAAAAUUCUCAGCUUUGGUUUUUCUUUGCAUCAUGCGGCCGGCGUCGGGUUUGAAUGCAU